AUGGACCUGCCCCUGGAGGACCCUGCAGCCCAGCCUCAACGGGAGCUUCCGCAGCCGCUUCCACCAGCCCACGUGUGUGAGCUGCGCACUGCGGUGUCGUGCUUUGCCGAAGAGACCGUCUCGCUGCUCUCGGUCAAUGGCCUGCUAAGCCACUCCCUGCUCAGAACAGGAGGCAACGCUGGGCCACAGCAAAGGGAGCCAGGGGGCUCCUCCAGCACGGCCCGGCGCAAGCGGGAAUUCACCCCGGACGACAAGAAGGAUGACGGCUACUGGGACAAGAGGAAGAAGAACAACGAGGCGGCCAAGCGCUCUCGGGAGAAGCGGCGGGUCAGUGACCUAGCGCUGGAGGGCCGGGUGCUGGCGCUGCUGGAGGAGAACGCCCGCCUGAAGGCGGAGCUCCUGGCCCUCAAGUUCCGCUUCGGCCUGAUCCGGGACCCGGCUGAGCCUCACCAGCCCGUGAUUGCUCUUCCCACCGAGAUCCACCAGCCAACAGCCCCACCCCAGCACUACCCUGUGGCUCCUGAAGCACCCCACUAUGCUUGCCCUUUCCGCCCAGAGCCAGCCACCAGCUCUGAGGAUUCUGGUUUCUCCACGCCAGGCAGUUCCAGCAUGGGCAGCCCUGUCUUUUUUGAGGAGCGCGACAGGGCAGAGGAAGGGGGUGCCUACGACGGGCACUGCCUGGUGCCCGAUGCCCCAAGCGAGGGAGCUGACGUGGGUCGGGUUGGCCGCUACGAGUCCGGGGAGAGCGUCAAAGGCCUCCCCCACAAGCUGCGCUUCAAAAUGGCUGGGGGGGCCGAGGAGACGGGUGGGGAGCAACCUGGACCUUACACGCCAUCUCCACCGGUAGGAACCUGGAGGGCCCCAGCUGCACGGGAGGAGCAGGGGAAUGUCGCCGGCCCUGUGGGCACAAUGGCCUUUGAGAAUUGCUGUGAGACGGAGGCUCCCGGUGCCCAGCUGCCCGCCCCGCCGGGGCCUGAGUACCAGGCAGAAAACACCACUUUGCGAAGCCAGCUAGCGUCACUUUCAGCUGAAGUGGCUCAGCUGAAAAAGCUCUUCGCUGAACAGAUCCUGAUCAAGAUGAACUGA